ACACCCGCGCUCCGCGGCCCGGGGGAGGUGAUCUCGGCGGAUAUAAGGGACGGAGAGAUGGGGCAGGGGGGGACAAGCGCCGGCUCGCUCUCCAGAUCGGUUGCCCUGCAGCCCCGCGCCUCGGCCUUGGUUCCGCGUCUCCAUCCCUGCAGGCAAUGAGCUCGCCCGCCAGCCUCCGGAGCUGCUUAGCUCUGGGCUCGCUGCUGCUUCUGCUGGGACAGGUUCCGGGCGCUCCCCAGGCGCCAGCAGCCCCAAAUCAAGAGGUCUGCCUGCUGCCCCCGAAGGAAGGCCCCUGCCGGGCUCUCAUCCCGAGAUGGUACUACGACAGGUACACCCAGACAUGCCAGGAGUUCACUUAUGGGGGCUGCGAGGGCAAUGCCAACAACUUCAGAAGCUUGGAAAGCUGUGAGAAAAGCUGCCGGAUGAUCCGGAGGUUGCCCUACUAAAACUUUUACUAUGCC